UUAAAUUUUGGCCUUUAUGUAAUAACACUGCAUGUUAAAGGUGAGAUGUAUAUUUGCUUUGGGACUUUUGAUAUACCUUUUUGAUAAAAGCUUUACGUUUCACCCAACGUUGAAGUCUGCAUAGUGGUGAAACAUCCUCUAGAUGGGGCUAUAGGGUGAUUUUGAGAGUAGCUUCAACCCAGUGUCCCUCGCGCUCUUUGGCUGUUCUGAGGACAUUUUUACUUCUGGGUCUGAGUUGUUUAUCUAGUUGUCCAUUUCCCCCUUUUUUUUUUACCUGAAUCAAAACAUGUCUGUGACCGAUUUCAAAUAUUUCAAGCUGCUCUUACCACUUGGGAUAAAUUCUUUCUCCUGUGGUUUGAAAAACAAUCUAUUGACUACCCCUACAGCAUAUGCAAGUUAAAUCAUGUUAUCUACAUUGCUAGAGUCUGCGUUGCUUUUGAGGCCCUCCAAAAACUGCGUUGCGUAGAAGCCCUGCCCAUUUUAUGACAAAACAACCCUGGCUCCGUUCGCAUUAAGUAUAUCUGAAAUUUAACAGAAAAUACCUGGCAGAGAACAACCUGUGCUUGUUCGGGAAGCCCUUUGAUGGUGGAAAGAGGAUGGACCAUGGGAGCCAGCAGCAGCAACAACAACAGCAGCAGCAACACCCAGCCAUGAUGCGUCUCUAUGAGGUCCAGCGAGAGGUCCAGUCCCUGGGCCCUCAGGUGUGCACCUUCAGUGGGCUGAAGAACGAGCGGGAGUACCGGAGGCUGGAGCGUGAGCUGACCCGGUUGCUCCUGGAGGUGGACCAGGUAGACACGGAGGGCAGGGCAGACCUACAGGGUGCGCGUAAAAGAGCAGCCCAGGAGGUGGAGGGACUGCUGCGCUACCUAGAGGAGAACGCCACCCACCCAUCCCGUCUGGCUAUCGAGGAACUGAGCCGGGAGGCCCAGAGAUUGGUGGAGCAGGGUGUGGUGGAGCCACAGCGUGCCGGGGGGACAGCAGAGAUCAGCGACGAACUGGUGGAUGCUGUGCAGGAGCUCAUACUGAAGCUCACCCAGGUGAAAACCGGAGGGAGGGUGCCUCUCCGCAAGGCUCGCUACCGGGCCCUGACACGACUGUGUGCUGUGCAGGACGUAAUCGAGGGACGCACACGCCAGCAGACCCUUCCCCUCCCCCUGUCAGAAGAUACACACGCAGCCGUGCAGAAGAUCAACCAGAUAAUGGUGCAGGUGAGCGGGGCACGCAGCCAGCUGGUGGCCCUGCUGAUGGGGCUCAGCGGAAGGGAUAGUUGUGCCCAUCUGUCCCGCGUGCUCACCGAGCUACUGGUGGAGCUGGACGCCCUGGACGUGUCGGGGAACGCGGCAGUCAGGAACUACCGCAAGCAGGUGGUGGAGGAGAUCAACGGGCUGCUCAAACACCUGGACCUGGAGGGAGAGGGAGACGACACGCGCAGGUACGACUUGGCGCAAAAUGACUCCAUACGUCAGAUUGAGGCGGUGCGGGGUCGUGUGUGCCAGCUGCGCGGCGAGGUCCUGCGACAUUGUGGAGUGGGUGACCUCUUCAGGCCCAAACCUGAGCUGCAGAGUCUACUCACCCAUCUGGACCAGGUAGACACAGCCCGUAACCCCUGUAUCCGUGAGGCACGCCGGAGAGCUGUGCUGGAGGUCCAGGCUGUCAUCACCUUCCUGGACCUCCGCGAGGCCCUGAUCUGCCGCCAGCCCUGCCAGAAUGAGCCCCAACAACACAGGGCGGUGUGGAUGGUCCUGGGCAGCCUUUCAGACCUCCAGGCCCAGGUACUCUGCUUCGAGGGCAAGCGGGCUGACAAGAACUACAUUUUGCUGGAGGAGCUUCUGACAAAACAGCUGCUGGCUCUGGAUGCGGUUGACCCUCAGGGUGAUGAGAUGACCAAGGUGGCCCGCAAGCAGGCAGUCAAGUUUGCUCAGAACAUCCUCAGCUAUUUAGACAUGAAGACCGAUGAAUGGGAAUACUGAUAUAGCAGGAGUAUAAGUAGGUCAACUAUUAAAUUGUAUGCACAAUGGUGCAUCAUCACUAAGAGUUGGGGGUGUGUAAAUAUUGACUAAAUCCCAGAAUGCACUGCAGCAGCGCUUUUUGUCUCUUUGUUGUCAUUGUCGCUGGCCUGUGGGAAUAAAAAAUCCCAACCUGAUAACUUUCUUUUUGUGAAACACACUUUUGAAGAAUAGUGUUACAACAAAUUGUGCUUUUGAAAGUUUACAGAGCAUCUUUUUGGAAAAUGUCUGUAUGUGUGAGUUUUGAUCAGUGUUGUUGUCUGGUGUGUGUGUGGUUGUAAAGUCUGUGGCGAAAAGCACUAAAGCCUGUUGUGGUGGUCAGAGUAGUUAACAUCCAGUCAUAUAGUCAGUUUUUUUCUAAAGCUGGAGUGGAACUAGAGUAAUUGAAAUUCAGUGGUAUCCAUGUUGAACUUAUUUACUUUGGAGGUCAGUUGUAAAUGAACCCAUCCAAAUGAUGUCUGGAAAAUCUUUAUUUACGGAGAUACAGAGUAUACAUCAGCACUGUGACAUAUCUUCCUUUGUUCAUGUUGCCUCUCCAUUGCUCUGUCGCUUUUCCUGGUAAUGCUUUAAUCUGUCCUUCUGCUUCAAACUCCCAUGUACCUGGUUGUACCCAGCUGGUGCUGACAGCAGUUCAGAUAAAGGAACAUGAGAGAAGCUUUGCCCAAUGUCUUACAGUUAUGAGGUGGAAGAUGGGUCUGGAACUAAGAUUUAAACUGCCUGUGUAAAACUUCAUUAACUUGGAGGGUUAGUUAAGAGGCCUUGUAAAGAUUUAUGUUUUGUCUUAUUUGUAGCUAUAUGUUGAUUGUGACUUGAUUGCAAGGCUGUAUCCUGUCCCUAUUGAAUUGAGUGAAGAGGAAAUUGUGAGCAUGGUUUUCGUCUCUGUCGAUUUCUGUUAUCUGUGUCACAGAGCCCUGUGGUCGCUGAUUUGGCAUCUAUUAUUAUAGCUGGUGAAAAUGAUCACAGUGGACAGACAGGUCAGUAUAAAACUUCUGUAGAGCUGCGGCUCAGGUAGGUAGGGAGCUAUUCACAAACAAAAACAAUAGCCCAUUUCUGUGCCUUCCUUUUUACCUUUCCCUGCUGAUGUUUAUAUCUGAAAUAGAUCAACCCCAAGCAUACUCCAGACAGAAAUUAGGAGGGACUGGCUAUUUCCCUUUACAAACAAUUAGGAAUGCACAAAAACUAGAAAACAACACUAGAUGUGAGAUUUAGGAGCACCUAUACUUAUAUUGCUGUUUUAAAUUUGCACUUUUUACUCAUUCUCAGUAUUUCAGCUCUGACUUUUAUAAACCGCAUGGCAUGGAUGGCUGGCUGAUAGUCCUAAGAGCAUGAACAGUCCUAACAUCUCCCAGAGAAUGCCCAUACUCAUUUAACCCUUCUGCUGCUGUAGAAAAACAUGGCAAGUGAAAUUCAACUUCAGUCAUGGGUCGUCAGGCUGAACAUUUUGAUUUAAUUAGACCAUGUUCAGUGUUGGCCUUGUAAUGGUGUUCACAGCAAACCCUAAUGUGCUCUCAAACCAACCAAUAAUGCUCUAAAUGGAAUGUCCGUCUUCUAUGUUUCUGUCAAUUUGACCAUUCCUUGUUUAUAACCAUAACAACACAAAAUCGUAUUCUUUUCUAAGCAUAUCCAUCUUGGUGAAAUACCCAACAUAUGUUAUCUUACUCUGUCCCUGUUUCUUGCUUUAUCCAUGCAUUCUUUGGUGUUGGAUGGGAAGUCUUGUAUAAAGGUUAUCCGCAGGUCAUUGGUCAGCCAAACCCCUAGUAUAAGGCCAGACCAGAGGCUAAAUGCCACCCACUCAUAUUCUUCUCAUACCAAACAUUAAGCCAUGUUCACAUACCAUUAGGUGUGCUUAUCAAUCACUCCUAACAUUGUGAGCAUGGUUGCUCACAACAUAUAGCAAAAAUAGAAAAUCUUAAUGCGAUGUGUUGUAUUAGCUAUGUAGGCUAUGCAUUAAUUGCAUCCAGUGUUUGAAAGCUAAUGCAUAAUGUAUGCUGAUCUGUCUGACCAUGACUGGUUUUGGGUGAGUAAACAAAUUACAUGAAACAUUGUAGGGGUAGAAUGUAGAAUUUUGGCAAUGAAGAAUGUUAUGUUUAUUAAAAUCUUCCAAGUACCAAAGCUGAUUUAUUUAAAAGACACUUUAGGUUCCUUCCACUGUUUGAAAAUGGCAGGCAUGUGUCUUUGGGGUUCAGUAUUAAAUGUUUUAAUUUACAAUGUUUCUCCAGUCGCCUUCAAUUUAAGUUGAUUGUGAAAGGCAAUGCUGUGUUUCUCAUUCAAGAUGCGCUUGUACAAAAGCACACUGAGGUUGAAAUGAUGAUAAAUGCUUCUAUAAUAGGUUUGUUGAACUUUUUAAUUCCAACCCCAAAAUAAAGAGGGUAUGUCCCAGAUGUAGUUGUGUAUAUAACUUAUUUGUAUUUAUAUUUAUAACUUUUUUUUUUUCAUACCUGGAUAUUGCUUUUCCAAUGACACUAGAAAUGGGUAGACGUAAAAGGUCUGUUAACCUUUAACUAGUAAUACAAUAUUUAAAGUUUUCCAUUGGAAGUAGUGUAUCCUGCUAGAUUUGUACCUCCGAUGUACUUUGUAUAUGAUGUGGGCUACAGAUUUCAAAGACAAUAAAGCCCGAAUUAUCACCCAUGUAA